UCUGAAUAUUUCAUUGAAUUUGAUGGGAUGGUUAUAAAUGUGGGCAAUAUCAAAUAUUGCAUUCUACACACGAUUAUCCCUAUAAUUGUACUAAUACAAUUGUAUAAUAAAACCUUACUAAACAUUACUUUUUAAAGUAUUCAAAGGUCACGGAGAGCCAUAUUUCUGAGUUGUACAGUAUUGUUGACUCACCGCAUGUGAGUCUAAUAAUCCUCGUUUACUACGACAUUGUCUAGCAGUAGAAAUCCAUCAUUAAAAUUAACACCUUGCGUUAUCAGUAAACGAGAAUACUUAACAACGACGACCCUUCUAACGCGUUUUAACCUCUCCUUGCGGAAUUAUGUAACCCCCUGUACAUACUGUUGUCAUACAUAGUUGAAUAAGCUGGUGCUCUGCUGAUCAUCAACACCGCCAAGAAAGCGUAAAUAAACGUACUGAGUAAAAUCCAGUUACAAUUGUAUUACUAUGUUAAAAACUGUCCUCCAUAGGGCGACUGUCCCUCAACGUAUGCGGUUUGCUACCGCUGCUUCGAGCAACAUUCAUGGGGACUCUUGUUAUGACAUUACAAUUGUCGGUGCCGGUGCCGCUGGACUAGCCCUAGCAACAGCCUUAAAAGCCAAACCAGAAACACGUUCCCUAAAAAUUGCAGUUGUGGACCGUUUGAAAGUUACGGACUUGGAGAAUUGGACACCAACAAACUUCUCUAAUAGAUGCAGCUCAGUCGUAGGAUGCAACCGUGAAUUCAUGAAGGAAAUAGGAGCAUGGGAAAAUGUUCGCCAUGAUCGCAUACAACCUUUUCGACACGUUCAGGCUUGGGAUGGUAUUACGGACUCGGUAAUUCAUCUUGACCAAACAGAUAAGAAUGAUUCAAUGGCUUUCAUGACUGAAAACGUUAACAUUCUGUCCGCUUUUGUAAAGACUCUGCUUCAAUAUAACGGAUCAAAUCCGGUAGACUUUAUCAUGAGAAGCAACAUUGAGAACAUUACACUUGACCCUGAAACAAAACAUCCAGUACUGACGAUCGCUAAUGUCGGAACAAUAAGUACGAAACUGCUGGUGGGUGCCGAUGGACGUAACUCACUCGUCCGCUCAGCGGCGGGUAUAGAAUUACCAGGAUGGAGCUACAACACAUCUGCAGUCGUAGGAACACUUUCAAUUGAAGCUCCUGAUGACCCCUGCAUCGGUUAUCAACGCUUUCUUCCCACUGGGCCUAUAGCUUUCUUGCCGCUACCAGGAAAUAAUGCCUCUUUUGUCUGGAGUACGCGGCCACAUAUCGCAAAUUUUCUUCUUCAGCUUCCUGCUCCAACCUUUGUUCAUAUGCUAAAUGCCUCUUUUCGAUUAAGAGAAGUGGACUUGGAAUAUUUAUACAAAAUGGAUCCGACCAAACCCGAGCCCAUUAACGAACAGAUAGAAUGGAGACUCAAUAUGACUGUACCAAAGGUCCGACCUCCGCCUCUUGUUACCUCAAUAUUGCCCAAAUCCCGAGCUGCUUUUCCUCUUCGUUUAGCACACGCUGAUACGUACGUGAAAGAACGCUUAGCACUAAUUGGUGACGCCGCUCAUAAUACGCAUCCACUUGCAGGGCAAGGAUUGAACUCCGGUUUACGCGAUGCUAAAUCGCUUGCUAACGCACUCACAUUCGCAGUGGAGCAUGGACAGGAUGUGGGGAGUAUGUUUUCCUUACAACCUUAUGUCCGCGAGCGUUACUAUAAUAAUCAUUACGUCUUGGGCAUUGUCGAUAAAUUUCACAAGCUAUAUACUACGAAAAACCCCUUCGUUGUUGGUAUUCGUAGCUUAGGUGUAUCAACACUUGACAUUCUCAAGCCUAUAAAGAAAAGAAUUGUCCGCAAUGUUAGCGCAGGCCUGUAGGUUUUGACAAACAGAAUGCAUCGUGUUUGUCCAAACCAUGAAUACCGCACGAAAUGAUACGAUAGUAAUGACAAUAAUAAUCGAUACAAUGACAACGUUGUUAUAUACAUUCGCUUUAUGAAUUAAUCAUGAAACUAACAUGCGC